AUGGCUCUCUUUUUUUUUCUGGUGUGCCUUUUUCCCUCUGGUCGUCCCCGGUCUUGGUGGAUCUCGAGCCAGCCCUUGCGACCAGCCCUCCUUCGCCUGCAACCACUUCUCGUUAUCCACCAUUGCGUCGACAGUUCGCAGAGGCCCAGCCCACCAAACGGAAAUCUUGACUCAGCAAGUCGAGUGAAAACCUCAAACGUCGCCAAAAUGGUCAAGAAGAGAAAGAACAACGGACGCAACAAGAAGGGCCGCGGCCACGUCAAGCCCAUCCGCUGCAGCAACUGCUCGCGCUGCACGCCCAAGGACAAGGCCAUCAAGCGCUUCACCAUCCGCAACAUGGUCGAGUCUGCUGCUAUCCGUGAUAUCUCGGACGCCUCCGUCUUCGCGGAGUACACCGUACCCAAGAUGUACCUGAAGCUGCAGUACUGUGUCUCUUGCGCCAUUCACGGCAAGAUUGUCCGUGUCCGUUCCGUCGUCGGCCGCCGCAACCGUGCUCCCCCUCCCCGCGUCCGCUACAACAAGGACGGCAAGAAGAUCGUCCCCACCGUCGCCAAGACCGCUUAA